AUGGGGGAAGAUGGAGUACAGUUUGAGGACAACGAUACCAUCAGACUUCUUUGGGGCUGGGAGACUGAUCAGCAUCCUAGCCCCACAGAAGGCUUUGGGGUCCUACUGCACACGCAGCGGGAAGUAGGUGAUACACCUGCCACAAGUAAACAUUGCAACAGAAAGGCAGUGGACUCAUUGCCAAAACUGUGGGAGUAUACAGCGGAGGAUGGGGAGGAAGAGGAGAGGCUAAAGAAACAGCUUGGAGACUGUGAUUCGAUAACUCAGGAAAUCGUUGGCAGCGCCCACGUGGAGAAUUAUGCACUGAAAAUGUUCCUGUAUGCAGACAAUGAAGACAGAGCUGGGAGGUUCCAUAAAAAUAUGAUAAAGUCUUUCUACACGGCUAGCCUUCUGCUGGACACGUUAACUGUAUUUGGCGAACUCACUGAGGAGAAUUUUCAACACAGAAAAUAUGCCAGGUGGAAGGCAACUUAUAUUCAUAAUUGUCUCAAGAAUGGAGAGACUCCAGAAUCUGGGCCUAUUGGACUGGAGGGUGAAGAUUACGAUGACGAUGAUGACCAGGGAAUGUUUUCGGCGACUGGUCAGGCACCGGAAAGAUCAUCUUCCACAUAUGACCCCCGAAACGUACCAUCAUCUAAUUACACUGGUAUACAGAUUCCACCUGGGGCACAUGCUCCUGCCAACACUCCAGCUGAACUUCCUCCCAGCACAGGAGCAUCAAGUGCGAGCAUUACACAUCCUGUGCCACAAAACAUACCUGCUGUAGACCCAUCACUGUACAAUACACCAAAACAAGGUGAGGCACGUCUGACACCAGAAGAUUUUGCUAGAGCACAGAAAUACUGCAAAUAUGCUGGUAGUGCUUUACAGUACGAGGAUGUUAAUACAGCAGUGCAGAACCUCCAGAAGGCCUUGAUGCUUCUCACCACUGGCAGAGAGUGAUGGUCACACCAUGUGCAGCUGUACUUAGUGAUUCCACCCUGAAUGAGAAGUUCUUGAUUUCAUAAAAGCUGCAAUGAUCCAUUGAAUUUUUAUCCUUCAGCAGCAGGGUGAAGGCCAAUCCAUUAAAUAAAUGACACUUUAAUAUGUUUACAUGUGUGAAUGAUGCUUCUUUCAUUAAGAGUCAUUUUCCAAGGCUAAAAUUACCCUCAGAUUUUCUGGU